CGCAUCCAAUGCUGGGCCCAUCUGCAGCUCCCAAAUUGUCAGGUAGCACAUUCCACAUGGCAGGAAGACAUGAUGACAAAAGGUGUUUUUCAAUCACAGAAUGUACUGAUGACACACCUUCAGAUCAAGGUGUUUGCUAUGGUGUCCGUGUAUGGGCCACCAGAUACAGAUCUGCAACAGCGCUCUUUUGAUACAUUACAUACAUGCGAGCAUCAAGGAGAUGCAGAUCUAUGCAUUGUUGAUGUGAAAGCCAUUCACUCAGUUGUUGCCAUGGUCCCU